ACUCCUGAGGUCCUGGCCGGAGCAAGGGCCCAGCCAGCGCCGAACAGCAUGAGACCGGGCCGGGGGCGGGCCUGUGCCCGGUUGCUCUGCUGGCUGCCCCAGCUGGGUGGCAGUCUGGGUCCAGGCGUGUCUGGAAGGCCUGCAGGCCGCUGGCCCCGACAUGGCCCGUCGCUCCCAGAGCUCCUCGCAGGGGGACAACCCACUGGCACCCGGGUACCUGCCGCCUCACUACAAAGAGUACUACCGCCUGGCGGUGGACGCCCUGGCUGAGGGCGGGCCAGAGGCCUACAGCCGCUUCCUGGCGGCCGAGGGGGCACCUGCCUUCCUGUGCCCUGAGGAGCUGGAGCAUGUGAGCCGUCACCUGCGGCCCCCACAGCAUGUCGCUCGAGAGCCCCCUGAAGGCAGUCCUCCCAAUGUGGACAUGGAUGGCUCCUCAGGCACCUACUGGCCCCUGAACUCAGACCAGGCAGUGCCCGAACUCGACCUAGGCUGGCCCCUGACCUUCGGCUUCCAGGGCACUGAGGUUACCACCCUGGUGCAGCCGCCACCGCCUGACAGCCCCAGCAUCAAGGAUGAGGCUCGAAGGAUGAUCCGCUCAGCCCAGCAGGUGGUGGCCGUGGUGAUGGACAUGUUCACCGACGUGGACCUGCUUGGGGAAGUGCUGGAGGCAGCGGCACGCCGCGUCCCGGUCUACAUCCUCCUGGAUGAGAUGAACGCGCAGCACUUCCUAGACAUGGCCGACAAGUGCCGUGUCAACCUGCACCACGUGGAUUUCUUGCGUGUGCGCACUGUGGCGGGCCCCACCUACUACUGCCGCACUGGGAAGUCCUUCAAGGGCCACGUGAAGGAGAAGUUCCUGCUGGUGGACUGCGCCGUGGUCAUGAGUGGGAGCUACAGCUUUAUGUGGUCCUUCGAGAAGAUCCACCGAAGCCUGGCGCACGUGUUCCAAGGAGAGCUGGUCUCCAGCUUCGAUGAGGAGUUCCGCAUCCUUUUCGCGCAGUCCGAGCCGCUGGUGCCCUCGGCCGGGGCGCUGGCCCGCAUGGACGCUUACGCCCUGGCUCCGUACGCGGGGGCCGGGCCCCUUAUGGGCGGCCAGGUGACCGGGGCGCCGACCCCUUUCUCCUUCUCUAAGCGAGCGCACCUCCUGUUCCCACCGCCCCGGGAAGAGGGCCUGGGCUUCCCCUCCUUCCUCGACCCCGACCGCCACUUCUUGUCGGCCUUCCGCCGGGAGGAGCCCACGCGGAUGCCCGCGGGAGCCCUGGAGCCGCACGCGGGGCUGCGGCCGCUGUCGCGGCGGCUGGACGCCGAGGCGGGACCGGGCGGGGAGCUCGCGGGCCCGCGGGGCUUCUUCCAGGCCCGGCAUCUGGAGAUGGACGCCUUCAAGCGGCACAGCUACGCGGCCGCCGACGGCGCGGGCGCGGUGGAGAACUUCGCGGCCGCGCGGCAGGUGUCGCGGCAGACGUUCCUCAGCCACGGUGACGACUUCCGCUUCCAGACCAGUCACUUCCACCGCGACCAGCUCUACCAGCAGCAUUACCAGUGGGACCCGCAGCUGGCGCCGGCGCGCCCUCAGGGCCUGUUCGAGAAGCUGCGCGCCGGCCGCCCCGGCUUCAGCGACCACGACGACCUCGCGCUGGGGGGCGGGCCACGCUUCCCCGAGCUCGGCCCGGACGGACACCAGCGGCUGGACUACGUGCCGUCCAGCGCGUCGCGCGAGGUGCGCCACGGCUCGGACCCGGCCUUGGGCCCCGGGCCCCGCGGCCUGGAACCCGGCGGGGCCCCGCGCCCCAACCUUGGCCAGCGCUUCCCGUGCCAGGCGGUGGCGAGGCUGGGCCCCGAGGCCGCGCCCGACGCGGAGCCCGAGCGCAGGGGCGGCCCUGAGGGGCGGGCCGGGCUGCGGCACUGGCGCUUGGCCUCCUAUCUGAGCGGCUGCCAUGGCGAGGACGCGGCCGACGAGGGCCUGCCGGUACCCAUGGAGGCCGAGGCCUACGAAGACGAUGUUCUGGUGCCCGGGGGACGAGUGGCCCCCGGGGACCUGCUCCCCUCGGCCUCCCGCGGGCCCGCACUCUUCCCGGCCAAGGGCGGUGGCGACGGCCCGGAGCGCGACGGCCCGGAGGAGGCGGGCCUGGCCAAGCAGGACUCCUUCCGCUCGCGCCUGAACCCGCUGGUGCAGCGCAGCUCGCGCCUGCGCUCCUCGCUGAUCUUCAGCGCUUCGCAGGCCGAGGGCGCGGGUGGGGCCACGACGGCCACCGCCGAGAAGGUGCAGCUGCUGCACAAGGAGCAGACGGUCAGCGAGACGCUGGGCCCCGGCGGCGAGGCCGUGCGCUCCGCCACCUCCGCCAAGGUGGCCGAGCUCCUGGAGAAAUACAAGGGCCCGGCGCGUGAUGCCGGAGGGGCGGGGGCUCCGGUCACGGUCGCCAGCCACAGCAAGGCUGUCGUGUCCCAGGCGUGGCGGGAGGAGGUGGUGGCGCCGGGUGGCGCAGGAAGCGAGCGCCGCAGCCUCGAGAGCUGCCUGCUGGACCUGCGCGACUCCUUCGCACAGCGGCUGCAUCAGGAGGCCGAGAGGCAGCCCGGAGCGGCCACGCUCACUGCCACCCAGCUGCUAGACACGCUGGGCCGGAGCGGCACUGAUCGGCUGCCCUCUCGCUACCUUUCUGCCCAGGGCCGUUCCUCCUCCCCACAAGGGCGGGACAGCCCCCCGCUGGAGGGAGGCGCCCGCCAGGCGCCCCACGCUGAGCCAAAAGGGAGCCCCACCUCUGCCUACCCUGAGCCGAAAGGGAGCCCCACGUCGGCCUAUCCCGAGCGCAGGGGCAGCCCCGUGCCUCCUGUGCCAGAGCGCAGGGGCAGCCCCGUGCCCCCCUUGCCGGAGCGCAGGGGCAGCCCCGUGCCCCCCGUGCCCCCCGUGCCGGAGCGCAGAGGCAGCCUCACCCUUACCUUCUCCGGGGAGUCUCCCAAGACGGGGACCGCGGAGGAGCCGGCCGGCGGCCCCAUGGAAGUCCUGCGCAAGGGCUCCCUGCGCCUCCGCCAGCUGCUGAGCCCCAAAGGUGAGCGGCGCACGGAGGAUGAGGGCGGCUUCCCAGCGCCACAGGAGAACGGGCAGCCAGAGAGCCCCCGGCGGCCGUCGCUGGGCAGGGGUGAUAGCGCCGAGGCUGCCGCCGGGGACGAGCGGAGCCCGCGGGCGCGCAUGACCUCCGCCACGGCCAAUGCCUUGUACAGCAGCAACCUGCGGGAUGACACGAAAGCCAUUCUGGAGCAGAUCAGCGCCCACGGCCAGAAGCACCGCGGGGCCCCGGCCCCGGGCCUGGCUCACAGCAGUCCCGAACUAGGCCGCUCACCAGCUGCCGGCGGCCUGGCCCCGGACAUGUCCGACAAGGACAAAUGUUCUGCCAUCUUCCGCUCGGACAGCCCGGGGACACAGGGCAGGCUGAGCCGCACGAUGCCCGCCAGCGCGGAGGAGCGCGACCGGCUGCUGCGUCGCAUGGAGAGCAUGCGCAAAGAGAAACGCGUCUACAGCCGAUUCGAGGUCUUCUGCAAAAAGGAAGAGGCCGGGGGCACGGGGGCAGGGGAGGCCCCUGCAGAGGAGGACACCAGGGACAGCAAGGUGGGCAAGUUCAUGCCCAAGAUCCUGGGCACCUUCAAAAGCAAGAAGUGAGUCUCCUGGCCCGGCAGCAGCCCAGGUCCAGGUGCCUGCCGUCACUGCCACCCACCAGGCAGAGCACCUGCUCUCACGGGGGGGGGG